AUGGCGCGGAGUUACAACGCCAGAGGCCGUGGCGGCCAACUAGGCCGUGUAUCCGGUUACCGGGGAAGGGGAAGAGGAAAGGCAUACGGGUCAAUGUCGCGUGGUGGUGGUUUAGGUCGUGCGAUGGCUCGUCGUAGCGGUCGUCAGCAGCAGCAGCAGCAGCAGCAGAAUCAGCAGCAGCAGCAGCAGCAGAAUCGUUUUAAUAGGGGUACAAGAGGAGGAAGAGGGUUUAGGGGUAGAAGAGGGGGGGGCCCCAGGGGCCCCCCUCAGCAGACAGCUGAGGGUCUAGAUGCAGAGCUCGAGGCCUACAUGGGGGAGGAGGCAGUAAAGGAGAGACUAGAUAGGGAUUUAGAGUCCUAUUUUAAUUCUGCUGCUGCUGCUGUGCAGCAGCAGCAGCAGAAUCCUGCUGCUGCAGGUGCUGCAGCAGGAGCUGCAGCAGGUGCUGCUGCUGGUGCUGCAGCAACAGCAGCUACAGCAGCAGCAGGUAAUGCUGCUGUUGGUAAUGCUGACGCAGGACCCAGCGCAAUGGAAGUCACAAUGGAGAAUUCCGCCCUCUAA